CAUCGCGUCCCAUUCACAGCAUCAUGGCGUUUGAGGGUGGGGGGCGGAGCUGUGGUGUUCAUGAACUCAUCUGCGCUAGACGAGCAGCAAGCUUUCAGUGGAGAGCCCAAGCAGUGAUUUGCCACAUUUUGAGGGUUUUAACAAGGAUUUGCAAGAAUUUGCGGUCAGUUAGCAGACACAUAACAAAGGCACAGAGAAAUGGCAUUUUUCAAGAGCUUCCAACAGAGUCUCCCUUCCGUCAGUUCCCUUCUGGACUCUGUCUCAAACACUGUCUCGACUGCUGUGGACGAUUUGUCCUCUGCGGUGAGUGACGUCACCUACACUGUCAGUGACCAACUAACAGAGCAGGUCAAUACAAUCAUCCAUAAAGUACAGACUGAAGAGGAUGAAAAUGAGGCUGAAGGGUCUACUGACGAAGUCCAAAAGGACAGGAGAAACAGCAAGCUGAAGCGGCAGGAGACAGAAGCUAAUGCUGCAGACAUCGAUGGGGAAAGUCGAAAGAGCCGGAAAUCAAAAAAGAACUCAAUGUGGACUAUGGAAAUAGAUGAAGAGGAAAUCCAGAGAGAGAAAAAAAGACAAGAGGAAGCAAGGAAAGCUGAGGAGGAUGAGUGGGAGUGGUGUUACACCCCUGCUAAAGGAUGGUAUCGUAAAAGGAGGGACCCAAACCAGCCACAAAGCUCAUCUCAGAGCACAGACAACCAGACAGGGAACAGUGACCAGGCAUCUCAAAAGGUAAAGUCUGCCUCUCAGGAAGAAAGUGCCUCCUUGUCCGGCAAACACAAAAAUGAAGGCGACAACCACAAUGCAAAUGCUAAUGGGAUGCACCCAUAUGAUAGUCUGGAAGAACAGGACUUGUCUGGUGAUCCUGUUACAUCAGUAUCAAAGUAUGAAAAGAAUGGAGAGCGCAAUAGUGUUGAGGAAGAUGACAGUUCUGAAAGAUGUGAGAAAACGACACGAUCUAAAGGCAGACGAAAAGAUGGAAAUGAAGAAGAUGAAGACAAAGCAUUGUGUGAAGAAGGUAAGACAUCCAAACAAAAGGAGAAAGGACAAGUUUAUAGUGAUGAAGAACAUGAGGAGGGCACUCGGGACUCAAAGUCCAAGAGCUCAAAGUCAAAAUCAAAGGCAAAGAAGGACAAAGAUGGUAGAGAUGGGGGUUGUCCAGAUAAAGGAUCAUCUGAGAGUGAGGACGAAACACCAAAAAAACACAAAGACUCGUCCACUCACCAGCAUAGAAGUGGGUGGAAAAACAGGGAUGAUGAAAAUGAGGACUGCAGCAGUGAAGCCUCAGCUGAGCAGGUUAAAAGGAAAAAAGGUUCAAGUUCCCUGAAUGAACUCCAGCCUCCACCAUACCUGGACAAAGACGAUCUCAAGUGUGGCUCAAGGGGCCGCAGUGAUUCGGCAGAGGGCAGUGGAAGUGAGGGCAGUGAAGACCCUGAGGACACAGAGAGUUACCUGAAUAAGGGCUAUGAGGAGGACGCACCCAGUGACAGCACAGCCGUUUUGGGCCCGGAGGAUAGCUUAAUCCCUCCCCUUCCAGAAACAUAUGAACCAGAGGCAUUGGGCAAAUAUGGCACACUGGAUGUGGCCUUCGAAUACGACCCUGGUGAACAACGGCUUGCGGUGACAGUGACCGCUGCCACAGAUAUCCCAACACUUAAGAGCACUGGAAACAUUUCCUGGCAGGUCCACCUGGUUUUACUGCCCACCAAAAAGCAGAGAGCCAAAACAGGAGUCCAGAAGGGACCCUGUCCCGUCUUCACAGAAACAUUUCGGUUCUCAUGUGUGGAGCAGGAGGCCUUGGGGGACUACGCAGUCCGGUUUCGUCUCUACAGUGUGCGGCGCAUGAAAAAGGAGAAGGUCCUGGGGGAGAAGGUGUUCUACUUAACCAAACUCAAUAUGCGGGGCAAGCUCGCUCUUCCUGUCACUCUGGAGCCUGGCACUUCAGUUCCUGGCUGUGGAUCUGUGGUGAGCGUCUCUCGGAGUGCGGGAGCUCUGUCGCACCGCUCAACUGGUGAAUCCUCCACUCCGGAGCUUCUGUUGGGUCUCCUCUACAACUCCACCACAGGGAGACUGUCCGCCGAGGUUAUUAAGGGCAACCAUUUUAAAAACUCUGCCACCGAUAAACUGCCAAUUGGCCUGUUUUGUUGUGUAAAACACUUCAUUAGUGGGCAACUGUAUAUCAUGAGAGACACUUAUGUGAAGCUUACAAUGGUGGACUCCAAAGGGAAAGAGAUGUCCAAAUGUAAGACCUCAGUCUGCCAUGGCCAGCCCAACCCAAGCUACAAAGAGACAUUUGUCUUCCAGGUGGCUCUCUUCCAGUUAUCUGAGGUCACCCUGCAGGUGUCGGUGUACAGUAGGCGGAGCAGCAUGAAGAGGAGAGAGCGGGUUGGUUGGGUCGCUCUGGGCCUCAACAGCACCACGGAGGAACAAGAGGAGCACUGGACCCAGAUGAAAGAGUCAGAGGGACAGCAGGUCUGCCAGUGGCACACGCUCCUUAAUCCAUAGGGGGAAGCAGUGAAAUGUGGUUUUUGGUCAUCUGUACAGUACAGGGGUGUCCAAUCAUGCUCCUGAAAGGCCACUGUCCUGCAAAGUUUAGCUCCAACUGCAAUUAAACACACUUGAACCAGCUUAGAAAGGUCUUAGUAGGCAUUCUAGAAACUUCCAGGCAGGUGUUUUGAGGGAAGUUGGAGGUUAACUGUGCAGGACAGUGGCCCUCCAGGACUAAGUUUAGACACCCAUGGCUUUAGUGGGAAUUAGGAUGAGUAAAUUUAAAGGAUUUAUUCACACUAAAUUGAAUAUUCAAUCCUAAUUUAUUCUUUCAUGUCACUCCAAACCCCACAAAGGGAGAACAUUUAAAUAAUGUUAAUUCUCUUCCAUGCAAUUUCAAUUAUUCAAUUGGAUCUCAUCAGACUUCAAAAAGGACACUGAUAAUAGUCAGAAAUAACAACGGGAAUGAUCAGAUUCAGUUGAUGUCAAGGUUAUCAACUUAAAUUGCUAUGCGUACAUCACAUACAGCUAUCUUUAGGCUUCAGAAAACUGGCAAUUUUGUACAAAAAUCAUGUGCUUUUUAUGAUACACCUUUUUUGUGUGUCAAUUUUGGAGUUUGACACGCCUUAUUUAAUCAAUUAUGUCAUACAGGGUUUAGAAUGACAUGAAUGGGAGUAAAUUAUUACAGAACGUUUGAUUUUUGAGCGAACUAUUCCGAAAGAAGUGGGUGACGUCGCAGUCACGUUAACGAAAUGUCAUCGAAAUUUUGUGGGCAAAGUAGGUCUAUCAUUCAAUGUCCAUGCAUGAAGCACUGCUUAGUAGUCACUUCUAAAACAAGCAGCUUAAUAUCGGUUUACGCAGUAAAUUUAGCGUCUGAUGCAAAAUCAUGAAUCCGAUGCGAAAUCCGCGUGGGGGAAUUUUCAAGUCAUUGGCGCUUCAAGCUAAAUUCCCAAUCGCGUUGAUUACUACUGGAAUGACUAUUUCGUCCAUGGAAUUUCUACUAAACGUAAAUGCGACAGCACCUUAAUUUCAACUGUACAGGAAUCCUCCAUGUUGGAGGUGCUGUUGACCACUUAGUAACUGCGAUAAUCCUCAGGAUAUCAGUAAUGGAGCUGCUGUUUUUUUGCAGUGUUGAGAACAGUGACCGACUGGAAAAAAAAGACGCCUUACAGAACUGACCCACUGCCAUUGGCACUGCCAUCUGUACCAAUUGUUUAUUCACAUCGUAGCAUAACUAUAACUGUACUGUUGGCAGUUGCAUAAGCAUUCAAACUACUUGAGGUUUUGCCUUUAUACUUGACUUGCAAAUAUGCAAAUGCAAAUAUGCACUGCAUGGUAACAGCUGAAGCAUCAAGAGAAUACAUUCAUAAUAAAUAUAGGACCAAAGCGCAAGUUCAUAUACAUAAUUCUGUUUUAUCAAGGGAUAUAAGAACUGUUUCACACCAGCAAUGUUGCAAAAUAUUUAACAUACAAAAAGUAGGGCUGCUGAAGACUGUCUAAAUGUAACCAUUUAACUGAUGCCUAAAUAUUACUGAUGCAAAUCGGAGUAAUUUAACUCGUUUAUUUUUGUCAUCUGUUUUCAUAUUGUGGAAGUAAAUGCUGCAUUAUGUAUGUUAACGCUGAUUCAGGUUCAUUUUUAAUCUUUGAACAAUGUGAACAUUUAAUAAAAUCUGAAUUUAAAAACA